AUGCACGAUGACUCCAUUGCAGAGCAAUGGCGCCACGUGAACUCGGCACUGAGCCCAGCCGACGACGCUAGUCGUGGACUAAAUGGAGCGGAGCUCAACGAGAAGGGCAGACAGGGGUUCCCUCGAGAACUAGGAACGUUGCAAGGAGGACAACCCGCGAGAGGUAGCGACGUGAGUUGGCUGGAACCUCACCUAGACACAGACGGCUUGAUCAGAGUAGGCGGCCGACUGAAUUAUGUCACCCUCUACCCAGACCAGAAGAAUCCCAUACUGUUGCCGAGGGACAACAGUAUCACGGAGCUCAUCGUGAGAGAGGUACACUUGACUAUAGCUGGAGACUCAGGACGAGAACACACUCUUGCCACAAUACGCGAGACGUACUGGAUACCUAAGUGCUGCAAAUUAUUCGACCGCAAACUACAGACGUGUGGAACUUGUCUGAGGAGCAACUGGAGGCCUACCCAUCAACGCCAAGCCGACCUACCAGAAGAUCAAGUGCGCCCAGGAGGACGGUCGUUCACCUACAUUCGAUUGAUUCGGCCCUUUUGUUGUUAA